UAACCAGCACAGUGAGCUGAGGAGAGACACUUCCAGCUCUUUGAGGAGCUAUAGCAUAUAGACACACAUCAGCUGAAAAAUGGCAGCCGUGGACAAAGACGUGGCUGAGAAGUUUCUGGACAGCAACCCUGACUUUGCCAAGCAGUACUAUGAUACCAAGUUCCGCCCGAAGGUCAUCUCGGACCUUUUCAAAGACAACAAGACUUCCCAGGUGAACACUAGCAGCUUCCACGAGCUGAGCACAGUGGAGGAGAGUGAGAUCAUAUUUGACAUGGUCAGAGACCUGCAGGACAACAUCCAGAUGGAGAGGGCUAUCUUCAACUUCAUGAAACAUCUCAGCUUCAUGAUACGGUCAGAGAAGAUGAGCCUGUUCAUGUACCGGAUGCGUAACGGCACGGCCGAGCUGGCCACGAGACUCUUCAACGUGCACAAGGACGCCACCUUGGAGGAGUGCCUGGUCCAGCCAGACAGUGAGAUAGUCUUUCCCAUGGACAUCGGCAUUGUGGGCCAUGUGGCCACCACCAAGAAGACUGUCAACAUCCCAGAUGUCUCAGAGAGCAGCCACUACAGUGACUUUGUGGACCAGAUCCAAGAAUACCAGACCAAGAGUGUCUUGGCUACCCCUAUCAUGAACGGCAAGGACAUGGUGGCUGUUAUGAUGGCUGUGAACAAGAUUGGAGCUCCACACUUCACUAAGCAGGAUGAGGAGACUCUGUUGAAGUAUCUCAACUUUGCCAACCUGAUCCUAAGAGUGUUCCAUUUGAGCUACCUUCACAACUGUGAGACCAGAAGAGGACAGGUCCUGCUCUGGUCUGCCAGCAAAGUGUUUGAGGAGAUGACAGAUAUUGAGAGACAGUUCCACAAGGCCCUCUAUACCAUCAGGGAGUUCCUUAACUGUGAACGUUACUCUGUUGGCCUCCUGGACAUGACCAAGACUAAGGAAUUCUAUGACCUUUGGCCUGUGCUAAUGGGAGAAGUGCCUCAAUACGAUGGACCCAAGACUCCUGAUGGCAGAGAAAUAAACUUCUACAAAGUGAUUGACUACAUUUUACAUGGAAAAGAGGAGAUCAAAGUUUUACCCAACCCUGCUCCGGACCACUGGGCUCUGGUCAGUGGCCUGCCCACCUACGUGGCUAAGGAGGGACUGAUCUGUAACAUUAUGAACGCGGCACAAGAUGACUUCUUCAGCUUCCAAAAAGGGCCCGUGGAUAGCUCCGGCUGGAUCAUUAAGAACGUCCUGUCCCUCCCCAUCGUGAAUAAGAAAGAGGAAAUUGUCGCAGUAGCCACCUUCUACAACAGGAAAGAUGGGAAACCCUUUGACGAGCAGGAUGAAACUCUGAUGGAGUCUCUCACCCAGUUCCUUGGCUGGUCUGUGCUCAACACAGACACCUAUGACAAGUGGAACAAGCUGGAGAACAGGAAGGACAUCUUCCAGGACAUGGUGCUGUACCACAUCAAGUGCAGGACGGAUGAGACCCAGAAUGUAUUGAAUACCAGGGAUAGGUAUGGAAAGGAACCACAUGAGUGUGAGGAGGUGGAACUGGAAGCAAUCCUGUCGGAAGUUCUACCACCCUCUUCCAAGUCGGAGCUCUUUGAGUUUCACUUCUGUGACUUUGAGCACAGUCAUCUGGACCUGGUCAAGUUAGGCAUUAAGAUGUACUAUGAGUUGGGAGUGGUGGACAAGUUCCACGUCCCCCGUGAGACCCUCACCAGGUUCUGUUACUCCCUCAGUAAGGGCUACAGGCAGAUCACCUACCACAACUGGAGUCAUGGCUUCAACGUGGGCCAGACCAUGUUCACUCUGCUCAUGACAGGUGACCUGAAGCGUUAUUACACAGAGCUAGAGACCAUGGCCAUGGUAACAGCUGGCUUAUGCCACGAUGUCGACCACAGAGGCACCAACAACCUCUACCAGAUGAAGUCUGGAAACCCUCUCGCAAAGCUCCACGGCUCCUCCAUCCUGGAGAGACACCAUCUGGAGACUGGGAAGACCCUGCUGAGAGACCCUGCCUUAAAUAUUUAUCAGAAUCUCAGUCGUGCUCAGCACGAGCAUGUCAUUCAUCUGAUGGACAUCGCCAUCAUCGCCACUGACCUCGCUCUCUACUUUAAGAAAAGAACCAUGUUCCAGAAGAUCGUGGACCAAUCGAAGACCUACGAGACCUGGGAUGAGUGGACCACGUACAUGACGCAGCAGACCACUCGCAAGGAGAUAGUCAUGGCUAUGAUGAUGACGGCCUGCGAUCUGUCUGCUAUUGCCAAACCAUGGGACAUCCAGAGCAAGGUAGCGCUGUCUGUGGCUGCAGAGUUCUGGGAGCAGGGUGACCUGGAGAGGACUGUACUGGAACAGCAGCCUAUUCCCAUGAUGGACAGGACUAAAUCAGCUGAUCUUCCCAAGAUGCAGUGUGGUUUCAUCGAUUUUGUCUGUGCUUUUGUGUACAAGGAGUUCUCCCGUUUCCAUGUGGAGAUCACUCCCAUGCUGGACCGGCUGCUGAACAACAGGAAGGAGUGGAAUGCUCUGAAGGAGAUACACGAAGCUAAGCUGGCUGCUCUGGAGGAGGCCAAGACAGUCAAGGAGGAGGCAGCUGUUACAGCCACCGCAGCCAAGCAGGCGAGUGCAGCUGAAGCAGCACCCCAGUCAAAGACCUGUGUUGUCAACUAGACUUGAGAGAUACCAGUCCUGGACCAAAGUGACUGUACCAAGACAGGAGUUUUACGUUCCUGUACCAGAUAUCGGUCUACUAGAGCUGUUUAGUAUUAGCCUAGCGUAGCCUUACAGUAUGCUGAACUUGAGCCGGUUAGCAUUAACUUAAUAUAGCCUUACAGUAUACUGAACAAGAGCCAGUUAGCAUUAGUUUAGCGUAGACUUACAGUAUACAUAACUAGUACCAAUUAGCAUUAGCUUAGCAUUACAGUAUACAUAACUAGAGCCGGAUAGCAUUAGCUUAGCAUAGCCUUACAGUAUACUGCACUGUGCUGUACAUUGACCUAUAUAUGGUACCAAGCCAGAGGAUCCACAGGAUGAAGCAGUUCAUGGACAAUUUCAAACACAGCCUAUUCCUGUGCAAUGAAUGUAAAUAUUUAGGUAUUUUACUGGAAUUUACCAUGUACUUACACACUCAUUAAUUUGGCAAUGUGAAAUUGACUUCCUUAGAAAUACGGAAUUCAGUUAGCAAAAAAAGGUUGAGUAUCAUUUCCAUAGGCUAAUCAUACACUGUAUUCUGAAAGUAUUCAGACCCCUUAACUUUUGCCACAUGUUGAUAUGUUACAGCCUUAUUCUAAAAUGUAUAAAAUUACAUGUUUUCCUCAUUAAUCUAUACACAAUAAUCUAUAAUGCAAAAACAGGCUUUUAGAAAUAAAAAACAGAGAUCCAGAGUUCCUCUGUGGAGAUGGGAGAACCUUCCAGAAGGAAAACCAUCUCUGCAGCACUCCACAAAUCAGGACUUUAUGGUAGAGUGGCCAGACAGAAGCCACUCCCCAGUAAAAGGCACAAGACAACACGCUUGGAGUUUGCCAAAAGGCACAUUAAGACUGUCAGACCACUAUAUUUGGGACAAGUCUCUGAAUGUCCUUGAGUGGCCCAGCCAGAGCCCGGACUUGAACCCAAUCAAACAUCUCUGGAGAGAGCUGAAAAUAGCGACACUUCCCAUCCAACCUGACAGAGCUUGAGAGGAUCUGCAGUGAAGAAUGGGAGAAACUCCCAAAAUACAGGUAUGCCAAGCUUGUAGCGUCAUACCAAAGAAGACACAAGGCUGUAAUCACUGCCAAAGGUGCCAAAAGGUGCCAAAAGUACUGAGUAAAGGGUCUGAAUACCUAUGUAAAUGUUAUAUUUCAGUUUUUAAAUUUAAUACAUUUGCAAAAAUGUUUAAAAAAAACAUUUUUUUCUUUGUCAUUAUGGGUUAUUGUAUGUAGAUUGAUGAGGGAAAAAAAAACAUUUUAUCCAUUUAAGAAUAAGGCUGUAACGUGACAAAAUGUGGGAAAAGUCAAGGGGUCUGAAUACUUUUUGAAUGCACUGUAUAUGUACAGUAGUAGACUAUCCUUGAAUUCAGCAGUGUAUCCCUAUAUUUAAAUUGAUAUAGAUGUGUAUCCUAUGCUACCCUAUCCUAUUGUUAUUAAUUAUGUAAAUAAACCGGUACUCUGCAUUGCUCCCUCACUGCAGAAUUAAGUCCACAGCAUCAGCAUCACCCUCAUGAGUAGUGAGUGUUACAGUGUGUGUACAAGGUGUGUGUGUUAACUAUCCCACUGGGGUCAUACAUAACAGUCUUACAAAACACAGAAAGAUGCCCGACCUAAUUGAGCACGGAGAAUGAGUACUGAUUGGCAGAUGGAAUCAGAGGGGGCGGGCUGUCCUUUACUGUUGCAAAGAGCCGUGCGUCACCACUACACAACACAGUAGGUGACAUAGGUAAUCACUGUGCUGAGCACUGUGCUGAGCACUGCACUGACCGGGCUGCCUCUCUGUUUAACCAAUAGGGGAGUGCUGCAGUCAGGGUUGGCCCUAUAGGGCUGUGGUGCUCAGUGAGGCUCCUACUGGCUCGUAGCCGCAUAGAGGCUGAGGCUGCAGGGGGAUGAGAGACAGCCAGUUCGAGAGCGUCACACUGACAUGAAUCACAGGCAGGCUGAAUGGAAAAUUGGCCAGUGGCUCCUUAAGAGACACCAUUAAUGGGGAAGUCCUAAUCAGUUAGUGCGUCCGUCCGCUAGGCUAGCUAGAUACGUCCCCUUAGCAAGGAUAACUGUGGCCACACACUGUACACUAAGCGACCCCCCCCCCCCCUCUCCCAAACCACUGCAUCAAAACAACAAACUAUAGAAUCAUACCAAAUAUGCUUGUGUCAGAUGUGAUGUUUCUCUUUGUAAAAAGCAGUGGGAAAAGGUUGAUAUUGCUUUGCUGUGUAAGCCUUUCAAUAGAGAAAUACCCCUUUCUUGCUUUCAUGUGUUGUCAUUACUGACUACUAUAGGUCAGAAUGUGCAGCCUGGUAUGGAGUCCUGCUACAAAGUCAGGCACUGCAUGUAUACGUUCUGAAUAUGCGCCACAGAAAGAAAGAUGAAGAUAUUAAACUAGUUGAACUACU